ACCAAAACUAAAUCCAUGGAGCAAAAGAAAAAACAAACGAGUUUUAGGCUGCAAGCUCCGGAGGUUUCCCAUGAUGCCAUCGACUUAACCGCACCCCUUGAGAAUAGGGCAGGUGACGUCACCGCGCGAGCGACGGAGAGCACAUGGUACAGACAGCAGUGGGCUUGUAACUCGGAUCAGUUUAGGAUUAUGCCAAGCGCUUCAUCGCAAUCUUCCAUGCAGAUCACAGCGCAGAUGGAAAACAACGACUUACCCAAAAAUGUCUUGAGCCUUUUGGAGAAGAAAGUUCGCAAUUUGGAAAAGCGUAAGGGAAAGCUAGAUUCCUACAAAAAGCUGGUGGAUGCUGGAGAAACGUUGAAUGAAGAUCAAAAGCUUGCCGUAGGCCAGUUGGCACAAGUGGAGCAGAAUCUGGAAUUCGCCAGGGAUCUACAGAAGAACAUAACCCAGAUAUGCAAUGAACAUAUGAAGCUCCAGAAGAAGAUGGCUAAGCGCGAUCAAGCGGCCAUGAUUGCGGCUCAGCGUGAUGGUGACAUCUCCAAGGUGUGUCAGGUGCUAGAACUUCAGUCGUUGAUGGACAACCUGUCAGAGGACGUGCGGGUGGACUUUUUGAAUGGUACUAAUGGAGCUGUGGUAAACGGUGUUUGA